AAUUCAGUGAAAGACUGCGUUAUUUCCUAUGAUGAUAAAUAAAGUUUCAUCACUUUAAAACCACAACUAAAAAAAUUAUGAAGUAAUGAGCCAUAAUUAUUAAUCCACUUUUAAUGUCAGUAUCUUAACUAUGGAUAAGAUACCAAAGGACGAGCAUUGCAUAAUAUUGCAAACAAGAAAUGGGCCAAUAUGUGGGUAUAUCACAAAAAAUGAUGUUGGUACCUAUUAUAAAUUUAAACGUAUUCCAUAUGCUAAGCCGCCAACUGGAUUACUCAGGUUCAUGCCACCAGUCCCUAUAGAGCCUUGGACUCAAGUACUGGACUGUACAGAAGAUGCACCUGAGCCUAUGAGCUUUCGAAUGCACGAAGGUAUUAGAGGAUCAGAAGACUGUCUCUACUUAGAAGUAUCUACUCCAAAUUUAAAACCGGAUAAACCUCUGCCUGUCAUGUUUUGGAUUGGAAGUGUUCGCUUUACAUUGUAUGCUGAUGAAAUAAUUGAUCCAACUUUACUAAUAAACCAAGAUGUUAUCUAUGUCCGUUGCGGCUUUAGGUUAGGCCCUUUUGGUUUUUUGUCCAAUAAAGAAAUAACGGCUCCCGGUAAUUGUGGCUUAAAAGAUAUUGUCAUGGCCUUACAAUGGGUUCAAAAAAAUAUAAGUGAGUUUGGUGGAGACCCACAGAAUGUCACAAUUUUUGGAAACAACACUGGGGGUUCCAUUGUACAUUUUAUGAUACUCUCGCCUAUGGCUUCUGGUUUAUUUCACAAAGCCAUCAUGCAAAGUUUCAGUUCCCUAAACCCAUGGGCCAUAACAAAAAAUCCAAUUCAAAGUUUGACACAUCUAGCGAGAAAAUUAAAUAUAUCCAAAACAGACAACACUGAAAUUGUAGAAGAGUUGAAAAAUUUUGAUGCAACAAAAAUAACGCAAGCAGCUAUGGAAAUCUGGUUCAGCAAAUAUUUCACACCAGAAACUGAAAUAUUUGAUGCCAUGUUCAAACCCUGCAUUGAAGAAGAAUUGGAAGGCCAACCGGUUUUUCUUAGUAAAAGUCCAGAGAUUAUCAUUAAAACAAAGAAAUUUAACAAAGUCCCUAUAAUUAUUGGGAGCAAUAAUACGGAGUCCUCAGUGAUACAGGCAAUUAAACAUGAUCUCUAUGACAAUCUUGAAAAAUUUAAUGAAGAUACAGCACUAAUUGUUCCAAAAUACCAUUUAAUAGAUGAAACCUCAGCAAAAAAAUUUGGUAAAUGUUUAAUAGAUUUUUACUUUAAGGGUAAAGUGAAAAAGAAUGAUAGAACACAAUAUAUACAGCUACUAAGUGACUAUCAGUGCUUAUAUUAUAUUAAUACUACAGUUCGUCGGCACUCUGAGAAAGCUCCAGAGUGCCCUAUUUACUACUAUGUGUUGAAUUAUGCUGGGGAGUGGUUGGUGCCUAAAUGCUUGGAGAUUUUCAAUUCAAUAGGACAUUUUGCCGAACUUCCUUUUCUAUUCCAUAUCAAAAAUAAAGAUUCAUCAUUUUGUGAUGGAACCAGAGAUUCAAUAAACACAAGAAAAAGGGUCGUAAAAAUGUGGACUAAUUUUGCUAAACAUGGGAAUCCAACUCCUGAUGAAAAAGAUGAAGAUUUGCAAAUAACUUGGGACCCAGUGAAAUCCCCUGAACAACUAAAUUACUUAAGCAUUGGGUAUGAACUUACUAAAGGUCAGAACCCUUUCCAUGAGCGAAUGAAGUUUUGGGAUCAUCUACAUGAUGAGUUUUUGUUUUUGAGAACUCUCGUAUAUUUUAGUGAUAAUGGCAUAUCAUGGCCAACAUACGUGGUUUGUCCAACAGUGACUACUAAUAACACACAUUCUUGCUUUCUUGAAGAUAAAUUCAGAUUCAAUUAAAGAACUGUACCUGCCUUACCAAGGCUGUUGAUGUAGAAGAAUAUUAUCAUAGAAAAAUGUGAGAAACUACUGAAAGAACAUCAGUCAUCAAUAAGCUAUGAAAUUGUUCUGUACAAAAAAGCUUAA